AAUGUUCUACACAAUCAGUCAGUCCUAGUUCUUGUGCGCCUUCCUCCACACAACUCAACGAGGUUCCAACAGAAUUUGUUUUUCGUGUGCGGAUUUUUCUGAAGAAUCAUUACAUAGAAUUAAAUCAUCGCCCAGUUGCCCUGCGCCCAGUUGACCAUCGCCCAGUUGCCCAUCGCCCAAUAACACACCGCCAUGUACACCUUGUUCAACACCAAAAGUAUCUGGCCACCAAGUCCUGGCCCCGUCAACACAGGCCAAAAUACCAAGAUGUACUACAACACUAUUCCGGCCACACCGGUCCUGGUAGACUCCAGAACCGGAGACUCCACCUACAGCUACCAGCUGCAGCCGGGCUGGUACCCCCCACCAGCCGCCCCCUCCCGGCGCCGCCUGUCCUCUGAUGACGUCUUCUACCCCGAGGGCACCUACGUGUACGAGGAGCCGGUCUACAGUUACGUGGUGACCAGCCGUCUGCCUCCACAAGUCUUCUGCGCCAAGCGGUCAAGGACGAUCAAACCAGCCAAGCGUACAGGGGUGAACCCCAACAGCUUCGAGUCGCACAGGUCGCCGGACACGUCCAGGACUGGGUACACUCUGGCACCGGAAGCGUACGUAACGCCGAAAAAAUACGAUUACUUCUCCGAAAAUUCUUCCAACACUUCCUCCAACUCAAACGAGUCCUCGCCUUCAUCGCAAAUCAAGGACGAUUCCCUCGUCAACACUCUGUUCCCGUCGUCGCUGUACACCGUCUUGAACAGCGAUCCGCCCGAGCCCAAAUCUCGCGUCACCUUCAAAACCUCCAGCCCCAUCGAGGGCGAGAGCAACGCCCUCCACAUCGACAUCGGAAAACUACGCAAGCGCCGGGGGCGUUUCGUCACUAGCUCCAGCUCCGAGAAGUGCCCGAGAUUCAGCGAGAACGGCGUGUGCGAGGACCUAGACCAGUGCGAUAAGAUCCUGCUCAAGUCUCGCUGCGUCAACAGCGACGAGGACAAGGCCCAGAAACGGGAGGAGUUCCUGCUCAUCCUGGAGGCCGAGCGAGAGCGUCAGAAGAAGCUGGUCCUGCCCAAACACACGCCCAAGAUGAGCUGCAAGUUCUGCAAGAACAACGGGGAACCCCCAGAGGUGUACACUAAGCACAGGCUACACUUCAACGAGAAGACGGUGUGCCCACUGCUCAGACACUACGUGUGCCGCCUCUGCCGGAGUACCGGGGACUACGCCCACACGAUUGGACACUGCCCGUUUAACAGCAAGAAAGACAAAAUCGCCUAUAAGGCCACGUUUCUUGUAUAGUGAUAGCUCUCUUGUACGUGUGUGAGAUAGUUGAAUGAUAGAAGGCAAGGGCUAACGUUAAAUCACUAUUUUACAUUGUCCUUCAGACUAAUCCAAGUACUGAAAAGUCAAGAGACAAAUUGGGUACAAACUAUCAAGAGCUAGAUUUUUAUGAAACAAUUUUUAAUUACCCAACAUUUUUAGUCGUCGUUCCAUCACCCAGUGGUAAUAUACAUUGUGCAAUCCCGGUAACAAAAUGUACAUCAACGUGACUACAAUAUUUUUUACAGGCACACAAGUACGUACUUGGGUUAUCGCUAUGUAAACAGCAAACCUGCGUUAGCGGUUUAUAUCGUGACAAAGGGACGCAACCAAAUAAACCAUGAACUAGUUACCGGAAAGUGAAAAAAAAAAAAAAACAACCGUCAUGACCUUUAGUGAACAUUUAAGCACUACGAUGUGUUGAGAUUUUAUAGGUCUAGAACGCCAGGGAAUACACACUCAGCGGUCAAGCAGUCCCAAUUUUGAAGUUCGGCCCAGUUAGCUUCUUGACUGUUGAUUUGGUAUUACUAUGGCGUACGUGGUGCUAUGUCUUGGUUGUUAACUUUCUUAACCUAUGUGAUAACUUAAAUUUUUAAUCCUAUUUUAUGUACCAAUAUUUAUGGUAUGCAAAGCCAAAUGUUAUUUUUAACUUUAUAAAUUUUAUCAAAUGAA